UAGUUUGAAUAGUUACAUUAUGUAAACAAUGUUUUAGGGAGUUUUGUAAUCAUUUUUUUAAAACAGUUAAAACAUUAAUGUAACAAGUAUCAUGUGGUAAUUAUUUUUUUCGGUGUGUAAAAAAAAUUGUGUAAAAACUAAAUAUGUUUGAGAAGGUUCACGAACGUUUGUUGGCCUUAUUUCUAUUGUAAAGAUAUUACGUAUUGAAAAUGGUUGCCCGGCCGCUGUCACCAGUGGGCGCUGUGAUACCGCGGUUCUUUGCCGGACGUCAUGUUCUUAUUACGGGGGCUACGGGAUUUAUGGGCAAGGUUCUGAUAGAAAGGCUAUUAGCGACUUGUCCUGAUAUAGGCUGCUUAUAUCUUUUGCUCAGACCCAAGAAGGAGAUAGCACCGGAAAAGCGUUUGCAACAGCUGAAACAGUCUCAGGUAUUUGACGUGAUACGUCAAACUAAUCCUGCACAACUGGAUAAGCUGCGAGUGCUGCCGGGGGACGUUUCGGAACCCGGACUCGGGUUGCCACAAUCUGCUCUUCAUAUUCUAAAAGAGGUGUCGAUAGUGUACCAUUCUGCUGCAACUCUCAGAUUCGACGAGCCCCUGCCGAUGGCUGUGCGGCAAAAUGUUCUGUCAGCGAUGCGCAUGAUGGAGCUCUGUGACCAGCUGCCAAAUAUUGAGGCGUUCAUGCACGUGUCGACCGCUUACAGCAACUCGGAGAAGUCGCGCGUUGAAGAGAAGGUUUACGAUCCGCCCGCGCAGCUGCACCAUCUGCUGUCAUUGCUGGACGUUGUACCUCAGCCUAUACUGUCCACUAUUACAUCAAAGUACAUAUCUCCUAAGACCAACACGUAUACCUUCACCAAAGCGAUGGCGGAGGAAGCAGUCAGGCUGCACGGCACACAGCGGUAUCCCACAGCGAUAUUCCGCCCUUCUAUAGUGGUAUCCUCACUCCAACACCCCUUCCCCGGAUGGAUAGAGAACCUGAACGGCCCUAGCGGCAUCAUAGCCGCUGCGGGGAAAGGACUUCUGCACGUGUUCACAGUGAAGGAAUCCGCUCGCGCUGACAUGUUGCCCGUAGACAUCGCCAUAGACACGCUCAUCGCCGCCACCUGGGAGACAGCCAUAGACAAAUCAAAAGACGUCCGAGUGUACAACUGCAGCACACAAGAGAACCCAACAACGUGGGGACAUUUUGAAGUCUCUAUUCGGAAUUACAUUCGCGAAUACCCAUUGAAUAGUGUUGUUUGGUAUCCAUCCGGCACUGGAGUAGAGAAUAGAUACGCGCAGAAGAUAUUGGAAUUUUCCCUACAGACAUUGCCGCUGCAUGCCGCCGAGUACAUACUGCGUAGUGUCGGAAUGAAGCCACAAAUGAACCUCAUCACAGCAUCUCAGAAGAUGAGCGCAAUGAAUGGUGUCCUCGGCUUCUUCGCCCUCAACGAAUGGGAUUUCGAAACGCACAAUGUACAGAAACUUCGCUCUCGUUUGUCAGUAGAGGAUCGAGCUAUUUACAACUUGGAUCCUAAUACUAUCAAUUGGGAAGAUCUCUACAGAAACUUCGUUAAAGGCACGAGGCGAUACCUUCUGAAAGAAAAGGACCAAGAUAUAGAGAAGGCAAAGCGGCAUAUGCAGAAAAUGUAUUACCUCCACAAAGGUGCAAUAAUGUUCACGAUACUGCUGGUGUUCAGACUGCUGCUGCAGAACCGAUACAUGCGGGAUCUGGUUUACGGCAUUCUGAGGCUACUUAUGUACAUCGUCAGUACAACAUAUUCACGAGUUACAGCACAAGUAUAGCUUAAUUAUACGUAAAAAUAGAUUUAUAACCUUCAAAAAACUUUUAUACGAUUUUAGUUUAAAAACAUAUCGCGGGAAGCGUUUUUUUUUUCUUAUUUAUUUCUCUCAGUUACUUGUUUAGGCAGCAUUUUACGAAGUCAAAAAUAAUGAAUGUUGACUUUUGAACAGUUUUCGCAACUAUGGACAAAAUGACUUUUUAAUUUAAAUAUUAUUGUGAUAGUUAUUAAGUAUAGAUCCUUAUUAUUCAUAUUUGUAUGUCUGUUUGUACUGUUUCUAUUUUUCAUAGCAGGUAAAAACGUGAAUUAUACACAGCCUCUCUAAAAAAGCUCAAUUUAUUACGAAAGGUCUAUUAGUGUUUAAGUAGUAUAUAUUGUAUUAUCUGUGGUGUAAAUAUAUACUGUUUAAGAGAAGUGAUAAUAUUGGUAUGUUAGGAUUAAGAACACUAUUUAUAUAAGUUUGUUAUAAACUUAAGCUUCUUCAUUUAGAGCUUUUUGUUAUUCUUCUAUUCUACUUCAGUCUACCUUUUUUCUGCCAUUGGGUUUUUUAUGUGAUUUUAAGCUAUAUUGACAAUAUUUUGUGGUAACGCUAACACUUAGCACAUACGUAUCGUAGGAUAGAUAGAGUAUUUAUUUUCUUAAUGUAUUCAAACACUGCAUCCUAUUAUUGUAAAUUAUGGAGGAGGGAUGUUAGCUUGGUGUUGGCUUCGUGUUAUUAUUUUUUAUAUUAAAUUUAGGAUUAUAUCAAAAAUCAUGGUAAUUAAGUUAUAAUUGUACACUCAAA